AGCCCACUCGCCGCCGCCCGCGCCGCAAAACCAGCCCCCCAAACCCUAUACCCCGCCUCCUCUCCUCUCCUCCCCGAUUGCCGGCUCAGCUUCCUCUUCCCUGUCGACGGCGAGGACUACCCUUCGCGCUCCCUCGCUCAGGCCUCGCUAGGCGAUCACAGGCGGCAGGGAGACCCGCUCGCGCCGACGAGCCCAGCGGCGGCGCGGUAAUUAAGCAGGAGAGGAACCGGCGGCCCGAGCGGCGGGGUCCAAAAUGAGCGACGACGUGAUAUGGCACUGCAUCCGCCACAACCACUGCAGCUUCAUGGCCAAGAUCACGACAGGGAUAUUCUGCCGCAACCCCUACAACGCGACGGGUAUCUGCAACCGGAGCUCCUGUCCGCUUGCCAACAGUCGCUAUGCUACUAUCCGGGAUCAUGACGGUGUUUUCUAUCUGUACAUGAAAACUGCUGAAAGAGCUCAUCUGCCAAACAAAUUAUGGGAGAGAGUCAAACUGCCAAAGAAUUACGAGAAAGCAAUGGAUGUCAUAAACAAGCAUCUUGAAUUUUGGCCUAAGUUACUUGUGCACAAGAUCAAACAACGGCUGACAAAAAUGACUCAGUAUCGUAUAAGAAUGAGGAAACUUCAACUGAAAGUGAGGGAGAAGGUCAUGACAAUGCCCAGGAAACAAACACAGCGUGAUCUCCGGAGAUUAGACAAAGCUGAAAGGGCUGCUCAACUAGAAAAGAAUAUUGAAAAUGAAUUGAAGGAACGCCUGACUAAAGGUGUUUAUGGUGACAUCUACAAUUAUCCCUUCAAAGCGUUUGAUGUUGUUCUUGAUAUGGAAAAAGGUGAAGUGGCUCCUGAAGAAGAGGAGGAAGAAGAAGGCGAGAUAGAAUAUGUCGAAGGUGAUGAUAUGGAAGAGAUGGAUGAUAUGGAAGAUAUGGAAGACUUCGAAGGCCUCAGUGACGGAGGCACAGAUGAAGAUGAUGUUUUGGAUGAUCCAGUAUCAAAGAAACCCAAGGGAUCAUCUUCUUCGAAGCAAAACGCCGGGAAAAGGUCUAGGAAGGUUAUGACUGAGGUGGAACAAGACGAAGAGAUAAAUACGAGGCAGAGGCGAAGGGCAUGAAUGUGAAAUCUGCAAAUGUAACUCCAGUUCUAUGGUGUUAGAUGCUGGUAGCCACUUUUGUUGUAUGUUAGAUCAUUCUACUUGCCUUCAUCAUACUGUAACGUGGAGAAUUCAUCUGUGGUCCCUGUUGAGAAGUUGGCGAAUAAUUUGUCGUGGUUUACAUCAUUAUACAUUGCUAUAUGUUACGAGGAAAAAAACGGAUUCUAGCUUAGUUGAGGAUGUGGGAGACCAUCUAGUUCCCGAGGCGAAUUUAGGUAUCUAUUUUGUAACUCAUUCAUUGGUCAAGUUUUGUUUUUGUUAUGCGGAAAACCAAAGUCCUGCGUUUACGAACACAUUUACACAUUGGUAUCGAAGCAACCUGAUGCAAAAUA